AUGAAAGACCAUUCGCAAAUUUACAUUGGGUCCGCCUUCGUGGCCGGUGUUGUCCUCUCAAUAGCUUUCAAGGACCUGUUCUACCCUGAGAUCGAGGAGCGCAUUCGAGAAUAUCGACAGAGUGGUCGAUCCCAGCCCGCAAAAUCACCACGAGAUACUGCCACAGAGUCGGUGGCUGUGCGACAUGGUCCUCCUGCCAUCGUUGAAGGAAUUGAGGGCUGUAUAGGGAAUACUCCUCUCCUCCGAAUCAAGUCCUUGUCUGACGCGACCGGGUGCGAAAUUCUAGCAAAAGCUGAAUUUUUAAAUGGAGCUGGCCAGAGCUCAAAAGAUCGAGUGGCGCUGAGCAUGAUCGAAAUAGCUGAAGAGAGAGGGCUGAUGACUCCGCAUUCUGGAGACACAGUCUACGAAGGUACAUCUGGCUCUACAGGUAUUUCCCUGGCCUCGUUGGCUAGAGCGAAGGGUUAUCUUGCCCAUAUCUGUAUGCCUUCUGACCAGGCAAUCGAGAAGUCAAACUUACUCCUGAAACUGGGCGCGAUAGUGGACCGUGUGCCCCCAGCCCCCAUAGUGGAAAAAGACAACUUCGUCAACCGGGCACGAGCACUUGCCCAAGCCCAUACUCUUUCCACGGCACCCGAUUCAUCAGGCAGUUCUCCUUCACGGCGUGGAAGGGGAUACUUUGCAGACCAAUUCGAGAAUGAGGCAAACUGGAAAGCCCAUUUUGCCGGUACCGGUCCCGAAAUCUACUCCCAGUGCAAUGGAUCUUUGGACGCAUUUGUCGCUGGUGCCGGAACUGGAGGCACGAUCUCCGGUGUGGCACUGUUUCUCAAACCAAAGAUCCCUAAUUUGACCGUGGUAGUAGCCGACCCCCAGGGAAGUGGAUUGUAUAAUCGAGUCCGUUACGGCGUGAUGUUUGACACCAAGGAGAAGGAAGGAACUCGUCGCCGGAGACAGGUGGAUACUAUCGUGGAAGGCAUUGGGAUCAACCGCGUGACAGCAAACUUCGAAGCGGGUCGAGAGCUCGUUGAUGAUGCGGUUAGGGUUACAGAUGCACAGGCACUGGCGAUGGCUAGGUGGCUUGUCGAGAAGGACGGCAUCUUUGCUGGAAGUAGCAGUGCUGUCAAUUGUUUUGCAGCAGUAAAAACGGCUAUGAAACUGGGACCAGGCCACAGAAUCGUUACAGUACUGUCUGACUCGGGUUCAAGACAUCUUUCGAGGUUCUGGGCUAAAGCUGGGGACGUCGGCGGCGCUGUCGACACUAAGUUGGAGGAUGUUCUCAAUGCGAAAGAUGACCAGUAG